AUGCGUUUUAUCUCGUUUUCCAUCGCCGCUGCUACCGCAUUCUUUACGCUUGCCUCCGCGACACCCAUGCAUGGCGAGAAGCGUCAAACCAGCUAUGUCGGGUAUCUUAUCUCCACGUUCUCGGACGUGAAUCCCAAGCUGCAAUGGUACUUGUCAAACGGAAACUCCCCAACCAGCUUCACCAAAUUGAACAAAGGUAACCCUGUUCUGACCUCAACGGUUGGUACGAAAGCUGUUCGUGAUGUGUUCUUAGCAUCAAACGGUGCCCGUACGCAGCACUACAUGAUUGCCACAGAUCUGGACAUUAACGCGUCUGGCUUCUCAUGGGAUAAAGCAACCCGCACGGGUAGCCGGGGUAUCGUCGUCUGGAAAUCGAAGGACCUAGUCAACUGGUCUUCAGCCAGCCUGAAGUCGGUCGAAGGUGCCACAGCUGGCAUGGUGUGGGCCCCCUCUGCAGUCUGGGACGACACCACGCAGCAGUUCUAUGUUUUCUGGGCAUCGCGCCUGUACGCCUCCUCAGACACCGCUCAUACCGGUACUGCAGGUCUUGAUCGUAUUCGCUACGCCACGACGAAGGAUUUCAACACAUUCAGCGUGCCUAAAGACUACGUUGCGCCUUCUGAUACCCCGGUCAUCGACCAAGAGUUCCAGUACCUCGGGCAGAAAGGCCACUUCACGCGCUUUAUCAAGAAUGAAACCGCACUACAAGUCUACCAGGAGAACACUACCGGCGGACUUUUUGGCACAUGGGAGAGAGUGCCGGGGUACGUCACCUCAGGAAGUCCUUGGGAGGGUACGGCCUCUUUCGCGGAUAACACUGUUGCUGGAAAGUUCCACAUUCUGCUUGAUAACUAUGUUCAAUAUGCGCCCUUCGAAACAACGAAUAUCAACGGUGGAAAUUGGACUGCGUCAAGCACUUCCGGCUUCCCCACUGGGUUGAAGCAUGGAUCCGUUACGCAGCUGACGCAGAAAGAGUACGAUGCAGUAAAAGCAAAGUAUCCUGCUUAA